GCCCUCUUUUUUUUUCUCCUCCUCACGAGCAACUCGUCCUCCGCUUUCUCUUCUUCUCAUUCGCGGUCGCAGGCGCGUUAGCCUACUUCCCUCAACUUGGGACCGCCGGCUCCGUCAACCUUUUUUUUCUUGACUUAUUUCCCCUUACUCUCCCACUCUCUCACCUCUCAACAGGCUCACUCGCGCUUCACCACACCUUACUCCCUUGUUCCUCCUGGAAGAAAACUAGGCCAACCUCCGAUAUACCCUAGAGAAAUGCCUCCGCAACUACUUCCGGCAUCCGCCGCGGCUUUUGCGCCGCGUGCAUCUUCCGUCAACGUCGUCCUUGGAUCAAAGGUCGAGCCGUGGCUUACGCAAACCCUAAAGCGCAUCAACAGGGUUAAGCGCCCACUCAACAGUGUUCCUCAGCACCAGAGGUGUCUCACAGAGACCUUGUCGUCGCCAAAUGCCAUCUGGACCCUGGCCUCAUUAAUGUUCCCAAAAUUCCCGGAGUCGGAUCUCAAGAAGGAUUCCGACCCAUUAGUUGAGGCCCUUCAGAACUUUCAGCUGGUCCACAUCGAGGCAUACAUUGUUCACGUCGACAUGGUCUUGCGCAACGAGGUCGCCUUCAAACUAACCCCGGACACUAUCGAGGCCCUUAUCGAGUACCACAAGGAGGUUCACUGCGUUGACACCAAGGCGAGCACUUAUGAGUGGUCAGAGAAGGAACAACAGUGCAAGAAGCUGCACGAGGACUUCAUUCAGGCCAUCAACCGUUACGUCUUCCGCACGCAUGUUUCUGCACUUGAGGGUUUGGAGGAGGAAGGUGCCGGCGAGCUGCUGAAUGGGAGGAGUGAGGAUGUCAAGACCGCCAUUCUGGGCCUCAUCAAGCCCCUAGUGCCUCCGCCGCCCAGGGUCGUAGAGCCUAUUCGCCAGCCGCCCCUGCUGCCAAGCUCUACCAUGAGCAUGUGGUCGCAGCCAACCAUGACCACUUCGCUGCCAGCCCCUGUAGAAUCUUGGAGGGUCCUACCAUCAAGCCCCAACGUCCCUGCAACUACAGCCGAUGCAAACAAUACCAUCUGGGCCACAAUGGGCAUGAACGAUGUCCAGUUGCCUUCACCGCCCACGCCGCCUUACAGCCAGCCACUUACAACCGCCGGUUACUUCUACAGCUCUCCUCUCGUCGCAUCACCGAUUCCCACGCUGUCGUUGCCCAGCAUGUUUACACCGCAAUGCGGUGUAGGUAUGGGCUACGGCGGCUUUGGCUGGGAUAGGUACCAAGAGUACACGACCACCAUGUGACAACCACCACAGGUCACUGGUGCAAUCUAUCCGACGGUAACAUCUCCCUGAUGAUUUACCAGCUUCCAUGCAACUCACCCAUCGGAAGCCGUUGGACAGGAUCGGAGAUGAAAAAAGAGACAAACAAACAAAAAAGAAGAAGCCCAACUCUUUCCAUUGUGGAAUCGACAACAAUAACAAGAGCGGCACCGGCGUGGCGAGCAUCCAACCCAAAGGCAUUCGGCGUUAUUUUUUGCAUCGGCUUUUGCAUCGGAGCGACUUGCGACACUCCUACUAUACCACCUGCGCGUACUUAAUUUUUUUCCCCUUGAUUUCCUUUGUCAUUUGGUCAAUAUGUUUUGGGCAAGCGAGCGUUGGGUCUGGGUCUUUCAUUUUCUCCUUUUGGGAUGCAUCGUCCACAAUAACCGCUAGCUCGGUUUCACUGCCACUUUCUUUUUUCUCUUUGCUCUCUGGACAUCUCAUCUCCUCUUUCCUACACCACUCAUCGGCUGGGUCCUGGGCGGGUUUUUGUUGCAUUAUACAGGGCGGGAUUUUCCUUAUUCGUCAUACACAAGAGGAACAUGCAGCAAUGCACCCCUUCGCUCGGCAAAAGUCCGAGACAGAACGACCAUUUCACUAUGGUUCCUUUCUACAUUUCCUACUCUUUUUUUCCCUUCCCUCCUGAACCCCCUUGCCUAACAAGGCAGAAAGAGGCUUUCUUAAGAGAUACCCCAUUUGAAGUAUGGUUUUUGGGUCACCCAAGACAUACUGCACUCGCUGUUGGAAGAGUUGUAUUUUUCUUUUGUCUACUCCUUUCUCAGAUAUCCGACCUUUGUUUUUCUUUCCUAUGUCUCACGGAUGAUUUUACGACCUUUACGACGAAUAUACCCCCGGAACGAUGAUCGCGACGACUUUUCUUGUUCAGACGACACAGAAUUCGAACCUUCUCAGCUUGAUGCUGGGCAGCAUCUUGUUUUGUUUCACGAAGGAAAAGCACGAUUACGAAAAUCGACGGAAAUUAUUCGGCCGAGGGCGGACUAGCUUGACAAGGACUGGCUCUCUUAUCAGGUCAAAGUCCAUUUUCCCCAACAAGGAUCGAUAAAACAGCGAAUCCGUGGCUGAGACGUUUACUACGUCGUGGCAGACACUGGCUGUCGACUAGGAAAUAAUCAUUGGCACACAAAAGCGAGACGGGAUCUAUCGACUUUGGAAGAAGCAUGGGGCAGGCCCAUCAAUCUGCUGGAAACGAUUGAAAAUGCGAGUUCUUGACGGUGCUGCCCUACGACUUUGCCUCUCCAGGUCCGCUGCGCCCCUGAGUCGCGUCGCGUUACAGUGAAUAUUCUGCUAGACGGAAUUUCCAGCGUGCCCAACUUGGAGGGCCUUCAGACGCGGCGCGGCCAAAGCGUGGACUUCGAGGGAGGCACAAGGCUUAGAGGCAGGCACAGAGGGGAGCAUCACAGGAGGGGUCAGGUGAUAUGCAUGUAGUCAUCUCACUACAGUCCUGAAGGCUACUCUGGAUCACACGGCGCCCCAAGAGCUGUGAUGUUCGAGAGUAGUCAAGAAGGCAAGCCGCGAGCGUGAUACUUGGCUCGUGCAGGAAGAUGCAUAACAUGUCUUGGAGUUGUGACGCAGGUCGGUGCAAAUCCUGAGACUGUGUGUCGCUUCCUGUGCAAAACCAAUAAUUACAGUCGAACUCUCUGUGAGAGGGCAUGAGAUGCUGGAGGACCUACUGCUUAAGGCGGCCUCGGACACGAGGCGAGAAGAACGCCCUGGUGGCGCUUUGUCUUCCUUGGCCCCGAGUUAAAGCUCUAUUGUUAUCGAGGCUACUAGUAGUAGUUAAUUGGACAUUAUACAUAAAAACUUUGAAAGCAACCAGUGAUUCGUCUUAGUUGACGUGAUUAAAUGUGUGUGGAGCUGUAUGUGCAUGUGUGUAUGUUGCCUCAGUUCACUCGCGAGGAAG